GUCUGUGCAGUAGCGAUCGGGGGAUGGAGCCACGGUAGUGAGGUCCUGCUCGACCAAUCAGAUGGUGUGAAGAGACGGAGCUCAUAUUGCAUCGGACAAGAUCCAGCCGUGUCAGAUGCCGUCGCCGAGCGCUGAGACCUCCGUGCCGGCUGCGAUGGGACACAGUAAGGCCGUGGACACGAUAACAAUCCUCUGCAGUGUUACCUUUCAAUCCCAGCGCCAUGUCUAGACGGUAGAUUGGUCCCUUAUCUGACCUUAAUGUCAGCCGUGUUGCCGUGGCAGCCUCAAGCUGCACUGCCGGAUCAACCCAUGGAGGCGUGGCCUGAACACCCCCCACACCGCUGCCCCUGGUAACACCAGCCAAAUGAACAGCGAUGCCUUCUAAGGUCUCCUGCUUGUACCUGCUGACAGUGGUUUGUUGGGCCAGCGCUCUGUGGUACCUGAGCCUGUCCCGCCCCUCCACCUCCUAUGUGGGACAGGUGAAUAUCCCUGUACGCAACGUGCCCAAGUUGGGCAAGAACGACACCUUCGGCAACAUCCGCACGCGCUCGCUCAACCCGCACGACUUUGACUACCUCAUAAAUGAGGCGAAGAAAUGCGAGGCGGAGCCGCCCUUCCUCGUCAUCCUCAUCAGCACCACUCACAAGGAGUUUGACGCCCGCCAGUCCAUCAGAGAGACAUGGGGCGACGAGAGCACGUUUCCGGAGGUGCGCGUGGUCACGCUCUUCCUGUUGGGCCGCAGCACCGACGCCGUUCUCAACGAGAUGGUGGAGCAGGAGAGUCAGAUCUUUCACGACGUGGUAGUGGAGGAUUUUAUUGACUCGUACCACAAUCUGACGCUGAAGACGCUGAUGGGCAUGCGUUGGGUGGCCACCUUUUGUUCCCAGGCUCAAUAUGUCCUGAAGACAGACAGUGACAUUUUUGUCAACAUGGAGAACCUCAUCUACAACCUCCUGAAGCCCACCACCAAGCCCAGGCGGCGGUACUUCACCGGCUAUGUCAUCAACGGUGGGCCAAUCAGAGACAUGCGCAGCAAGUGGUACAUGCCCAGGGAUCUUUACCCUGAGAGCAAGUACCCGCCCUUCUGCUCCGGCACCGGGUACAUCUUCUCCGCGGACGUGGCCGAGCUCAUCUACAAGACUUCGUUACACACCAGGCUGCUGCACCUGGAGGACGUGUACGUUGGCGUGUGCCUCCGUAAGCUCGGCAUCCAUCCCUUCCAGAACAGCGGCUUCAACCACUGGAAGAUGGCCUACAGCCUUUGCCGCUACCGCCGCGUGGUCACCGUCCACCAGAUCUCGCCCGAGGAGAUGCACCGCAUCUGGAACGACAUGACCAGCAAGAAACACCUGAAAUGUUAGCAGGACUGUUUGCACUCGCACCAGCGGAGGAGUCGGGGAGGAUUGAAUUUCAUUACCCGCUCCUCCGCUGGUCAGCACCGAGCUGAAGGAACGAUAUUGAUGAAGAGUCCGGGGCUUUUGUUUCCGCCGCAGACUGCUUUGUCAGGAGUGUCUGCAGCUGCAAGGCCACAAUAAAAACUCUGCAUUACUCCGAGUUCCCCUCUUUUCAAGGUGCUGCUCAGCUCAGACUUUCAAAUCGGGCACGAGGUUGGAUUAAUUUUCGAAAUGUGUGAAACCAUCACUUUUAUAGGAAAUUACACCACAGCAGCAACAUUCGAUUAAAAAUAAACAGCAGCACUUGAAGUUGUCACGUCUCAGCUCGAACUAUGAAUGUUCCUGAUGUGUUUUCAGUCGUUGUACUUACUGAACGAGGUGUCGAUGUUGGAUGUACCGUCUGGUAGCGCAUCACGAGGACCACGCUGAGUUCCCGGUGUGAAGACUCGGCUGAAACAUGGCUGGUUCUUACUCUGUGGAUUGGUUUCAAGGAGCCGACCUGUUUGCCUCUGUAAUAUUUCAGAAUUAGACAUAUUUUCUUACAGCAGAACCACCGCGGAACAUUUCUUCAACACUGUGAAGAUGUCGGCUGCUCGCAUUCCCAAGUGAAUGUUACUUCUGUGACCGUGUAUAAUGUGGUUAUUUGUCUCAGGCGCUGCAGUGUGCUGUUCUAUUUUCUAUUACUUGAACAUGAAGAACAGAUUCACCAGUGGGAGAGUGUGCCGAAGACAAAUAUCACACUUUGGAGUGCUUUCUUCUUUUCAAUUACUUGAGAUUAAAUAAACUGCUUUUGUAAGACUUGAUAUUUUAUUUAUUACAGAAAACCACAUAAAAGUUUUUAUUCCAGUCGGUUUAAUAUGAAUUCCCUGUAAGUUAAUACGCCCACGUGCAUAUUGGGAAACUCGAUUAUACCCUGAAUUGUUUCUGCAGAAAUCAAAGUGUCUCAUCAGAAGCGCAGCUGCUCGGUUUGAAGCGAGUCGCAGCUCCCGACACGUCACAGGCGAAGCUGCUGGAACUUGAAGUCUCAACAAGAGGAAGCACUGAGGGGAUUUUAAUGUCAAAAUAAAGUGCAGACAGUUUUCAGCACCACGUUUUGGUUUUUGCAUCAACGGUUCAUUUAAUUGUUUGAUUCAUUAUAGACAAUGUUUUUUUCAAAUGGCUUCAGAAUGGAAAAUGUAUGGUAAAAAUUAUUUACUUUUUUAAAGUAUGGAAAUAGUGUAAAUACGUCAGUGGCAGGUACAUCAGUGAGUUUUUAUCAGCCAUGUGGUCAAGGAUUAUUAUUAUUUCACUGUCAGAACAGAGUUACUGACGGACCUCUUGAUUUGAAGGCCUGUCCGGAGCAGAGCAAACUCAUCUAUAAAACACGUCAGUCCUGCUUUAUUGUUCCACCACUUCCUUCAUCAUAGUGAUGAUGGGCUCAAGGACACGUACCAGUGGACAGUUGUCUGAUCCCACACUGUGUCACACACUCUGCUGCACUUAAAGUUUACAUUUAAAAUUCACUUUU